GCCGCUGCUGCUAACACACACUUACCACAUCCCCCCUUCACACACACACACACACACACACACACACACACAUACAAACACACACACACACACUGAGCGGCAUCCUCAACACCGAUUAAGACGCCCUUGGACUGCUGCAGGCGAGGAUGAGGGUGUCGUCACGGGAGCAGUGUGUGGAGACGGGCGUGGUCCUGCUGGGCUUCCUGACUCUUGCUGUGUCCGUGGGGAACCUGUCCACCAGGGGGCUGCAGGAGGAGGGCGUGGCCUCCAACAGUCUGGAGGAAGAACUGGAGGUGACCACUUACUGGUGGGGGGAGUGGGCCAAGUGGACUGCCUGCACUCGAACCUGUGGAGGGGGAGUGAUGUCUCAGGAAAGACACUGCCUCAAACAGAGAAAGAAAGUCGCUGCUGGGAAGGACAACAUGACCUGUACAGGAACCGCUAAGAAAUAUCAUCUCUGCAACACUAAAGAAUGUCCUGCCACUGGGAAGAGCUUCAGAGAGGAGCAGUGCUGGUCCUUCAACUCCCAGCUUUACAGUGGGAGGAACUACCAGUGGAAGCCUCUCUAUCCUGAUGACUACGUCCACAUCUCCAGCAACCCCUGCGACCUUCACUGCACUACGACUGAUGGUCAGAGGCAGCUGAUGGUGAUGGCACGCGACGGCACAUCCUGCAAGUACAGCAGCUACCGCGGCGUUUGCGUGGACGGUAAGUGUGAGCCAAUUGGAUGCGACGGGGUUCUGUUCUCUUCCAACACGCUGGAUAAGUGUGGUGUCUGUCAGGGCGAUGGCAGCAGCUGCAGCAGAGUCACGGGAAACUUCCGCCGCGGGACCUCCACUCUGGGUUACUCUUUCAUCACUCAAAUCCCUGAAGGAUCCUGGGACAUUCAGAUCAUUGAGAGGAAAAAAUCGGCCGAUGUUCUAGCUGUGACCGACCAGGCAGGAAACUUCUUCUUUAAUGGCGCCUACAAGGUCGACAGUCCUCAGAACUUCCACGCGGCAGGCACUGUCUUCAAGUACCGCCGGCCAAUGGAUGUGUACGAGACCGGGAUUGAGUACAUUGUCUCCAAAGGCCCCAUUGAUCAAGCCAUCAAUAUUCUGGUGUGGAACCAGAACGGCCGCACGCCUUACAUCACCUAUGAGUACACCGUUCUCCGAGAUUCCCUGCCACCUGUCCCACCUCCCCCUGUGUACACCGGGUCAGACACCUCAGCCGGUGAGGUGUCCGUGGAAGUGGGAGGUCUGCUGGCCCCUAAUAGCAGUAUUUAUGACCAGGCGGCCCCCGGGGGCCAGUUGGAGACAGGAGGUGCAGAUGGGCAGAAGGGCCAGGAGACCAACGAGGUGUACGAGGAGACAGCAGCCAUUGAAUGUGACCAAGAUGGAGCAGCUGCACCAAAAUUCACAGGAAACAGCAGCCAUUCAGGCAGUACUGUGAAACCUGACCCUGAUGUCGGACCCCUGGACGCAGGGCCUGACUCCCCAAACCUCAUCUGGAGGGUCCUGCUGGAUGGCAGGAUUAGCCCAGACGAGCUGCUCAUCAACAUCUCGACCAACCAGCUGCUGACGGGGGGAGACGGUUUGUUCUCGUCCGAGUUGGGACCUGCCGAGAUGGAUCUGAGCAGCCUGGAGCAAGACGGCCUGCGGGAUGUGAACGAGACUCUAGAGUUCACUCUGGGCCAAAGACGCAACGACAGCGGAGACGGUGUCAACCUGAACAAGACUGUGCAGAGCAGCGGGAGGACGUCCGGCCGCUCCAACAGAACCAGAGGGAAUCAAAGGUUUUACCAGAAGAACCUGAAGCUGAGCGCUGCUGACAUGUACCGCUGGAAGCUUUCAUCUCAAGAGCCCUGCAGCAUGACCUGCUCCGUAGGAGUGUCAAAGUCCUUUGUCUCGUGUGUUCGUUAUGACGGCAUUGAGGUACAUGACAUGUACUGUGAUGCUCUGACGAGGCCUGAGCCGGUCCAUGACUUCUGCAUUGGGAGAGAAUGUCAGCCCAGGUGGGAGGCGAGCAGCUGGAGCGAGUGCUCCCGGACAUGCGGGGAGGGUUUCCAGUUUCGUCAAGUUCGCUGCUGGAAGAUGCUCUCGCCGGGUCUGGACAGCUCGGUCUACAGUGACCUCUGCACCAUGGCUGACCUGGAGAGACCUGUGGAGAGACGGGCCUGCAAGAGCCCUGCCUGUGGCCCACAGUGGGAGGUGGCAGAGUGGACAGAGUGUCCAGCCAAAUGUGGCCGCAAAGCUCAGGUGACCCGCGAUGUCCGCUGCUCCGAUGAGACCAGACCAUGUGAUCCAACGACUAAACCAGCCAGCGUCAAAAACUGCACCGGCCCACCCUGUGAACGCCACUGGACUGUGUCUGAGUGGGGGCCUUGCUCAGGGUCAUGCGGCCAGGGGAAGAUGGUGCGUCACGUGUACUGUAAGGCUCCGGAGGGCCGCGUGGUUCCUGAAAACCAGUGCUCAGCAGAGAACAAGCCACUGGCCAUCCACCCCUGUGGGGAAAGAGACUGUGCUCCACACUGGCUGAACCAAGACUGGGAGAGGUGCAACACGACCUGCGGCCGUGGAGUGAAGCGGAGGAUCGUACAGUGUGUGGGCAUCAGCGGGGGGAAGUUUCAGGUCUUUGAUGAAGAUGUGUGCGGAGGCAGCGAGAAGCCCGAAGAUGAAACCACCUGCUUUGAGAGGCCGUGCUUCAAAUGGUACACCACCCCCUGGUCUGAGUGCACUAAGACGUGCGGUGUGGGUGUCAGGAUGAGGGACGUGAAGUGUUACCAGGGCCGGGAGCUGGUCCGAGGCUGUGAUCCUCUCACCAAACCUGUGGCCAAACAGACCUGCACUCUGCAGCCCUGCCCCACUGAGCCACCAGAUGAGAGCUGUCAGGAUCGGCCCUCCACCAACUGCCUGCUGGCUCUUAAGGUCAACCUGUGCAGCCACUGGUACUACAGCAAGGCCUGCUGCCACUCCUGCCGUGCUGUCCGACCUCCAGCCUCCUAGUCCAGGAUGCUGCAGCCUCUCUCCACCCUGACUCUAACUCUGGCAUGAGGAAAUGCAUGGGUACGUUUACUUAUCCAGGAGUAACUGCUAGUGGUGAUGGAAAGCUUGAGGUCGACCUGGUUUUAGGAAGCACAACUUCCUCAGAUAAGGGCUUGUUUGUCAUCACACAUACAACAUGUGUUUUUGGUUUAUUUGGAAUCAAUUGGGUAAGAAGCAAUACAUGCUGAUUUGAGGAUUUUUAAAAAGAAUUUUUCAGUAACUCAGACUUUUAACUAAUUACUACCUGUGUCAAAGAAAUAGGGGGGAAAAAAAAACAUUUUUUUUUUCCCCUCUACCCCUUCAAUGUUAUUUCAUGAGCUUGAGCCCUAGCCUUGCUCCUCCUCACCCUCUAUCACUAGACCUUGCAUUGACAUCCAUCCUGGGCAAUACGAUCACAAGUGGUCACAUGUGAACACACCGAAGAUGCAUUUAUCCUAAUUCUCAUUCCUCAUUCCUUUAUCCUAAAUUCUAGGUCACCUUAAAGACCACCAACUCAACAUCUUGAUGGAUCUUGUGUAUCCACAGUUUUGCCUCAUACAUUCACUAUUAUAUAUGAUAGUGUGGAAAGUGAUGUCUGUUUAUUAAUAAUUAGACCCUUUAAAAAUAUUCAGUCCUAAUCGCUGUUAACUAAAAAUAAAUAAAUCUAAACAGAUUUAACAAAUUCAAUUAUUUCAUACGAGUUCACUGUGUGUAAUUCUGUGUGUGUUCAUAUUGAUUUAUACAAAGCAGCCAUGUGGAAUGAAGUUGCCAUGUUUUCUUAGCAAUGAGGAAUUUUUUACCUUUCUUACUUUUUCAAACAGCACAUUUUAAUGCCAGUUGUGACCACAGGUUAUUUAAAUCUUGUCACUUGCGGUCAGAUUGCCCUGGCCGGAUGUUAAUACAAAGUCUGAAACAUUUUCCUCCUCAUCAUAACCCUCAUUAUAGUUAGAGCUCGACUGCGUUGUAUCAGCUGUUGUAGAUCAUUUAUCAGUCAAGUGUUUCGUGCAGAGUUGGAGACUGAGCCGUGUUAACAGUGAGAUGGUCUUAUCCAUCACCAGCUAGCAGCUUGUCUCCAUCAUGUUCAACGCUGAAAUGAAAAGAUCUAUUAAAUUAUUUCUCAACUGAUUACUGAUUAUACUGCAUGACUAGAAUAUUUAAUGUUUAUGAAAUAUUAUUUAAUUGUGUUUCACUUUUAGUGUCUGGCAUGGCCCAACAGGAAGUUUAUUUUUAUUUUUAUUUUUUUUUCAUUUUUUUUUUAAAGUGUAUUUCCAUUCCACCUCCUGCUGCUUGGCGCCAUGCCUACACGCCUGCAGGAAGUGGAAGCAUAUUUAUUAGUCAUAGCACAUUUUCAUUUAGCAUGACGCUCGUGAUGCCAGCCGACGGUUACUCAUCGGGUCAGCUGAUGCCAGCUCUGCUCUGUGUGCGUGACAGAUGUGCAGAGAGUCGAACACAGACAGAAAGAUUCCUGACACUUGAAGUAUGGUUGAAAUGUAUUCAGACGUGUAUGUCUCAUGUUUAACUAUUGCGUACUGUGUUUUUAUAUAACUGAUACCUCUUUGUACAAAACAAACGUAUGGAGAUUGUGUACUGUUGAUAAUAAACUGAAAACUUUAAGGUA